AUGCGCUCACAGUCUAAAGAGUACGAGCCUCUGCAUCGAGACUCGUCCGACCGAUGGAGCGACGAGAGCAAAGAGACGCUGUCUCCGGCAAAGCAACACAAGGCUUCCCGAAAUCCGCUAUACAUUUGCAGCUUGAUUGUGUCAAUUAUUCUGCUGGCAAUGUCUCUUUUUGUCAACAUGAUUUUUAUCCUCAGGAUUCAACCCAAUCAGCAGAUUGCCAAGUCAUCCCUCGCCGAGGGUGAUUGCCCGUCCACGCAUGCCGGAUUAAAACGAGACGUGCCGGUAGCGAUUCAACACGGGUCCGAAUAUACUGGCGACAACCUCACAGAAGUGAGAGCUCUGUGGGAGGAGCUCAGCGGCGACCCAGGCGUUGUCGCCUUGCCAGAGGCCUACGUCCAGCAGACAAAGCUCCCGCAUGCGCUACGCUUUCCAUGGGAUGAGGAAAAGGGCGUAUAUCUUCUCCAAGGCUUUCACGACCUCCAUUGCCUGCGCACGCUGUUUCGAUACGUCAUGUACACGGAGCUCAAGCAGCCGCAGCACAUUGCGCUGAGCCACGCGCUGCACUGUCUGGACCAGCUGCGGCAGGGCGUCAUCUGCAACGCCGACGACACGCCUCGCUACGCGGGCUUCCAGGACCCUCCAGGGACGGGCAGCGGGCAGGUGCGCAUGUGCCGCGACUGGCGCAGGCUGGAGCGGUGGGCCGAGGAGCGCACGGCGUGCUUCCGUCACGAAGAUGAGGUGCCGGGGCCGAUGAUUGAGCGGUUCAAGUCGUGUCCGGACGGGCGGGUACUCUGGCCGACGACGACGACGGCGGCGGCGGCGGCGGAGAGCAAAGAGGCAACAGGCGAGACAUGA